UAUUCAAUUCUGACGUUUUUCUUACUUCCGAUCCGUUUAGACCAUCCUGAAGAUAUGUUCCAUUCCUUAUGAAUAUAAAAACAAUGACGAGAUCGCGCCACGCUUGAACUUCUAUUUCCCGUCGUGUUGAUACAAAAGCAAAAGUAUUUUUAUGUUGUGUGAAACAUCAUUUGGAGAGAAACUAACGUUUUUUUCUUUAGAUGAUCUUACCAAUUGAAGGAAAUGGAAAAACAAGCGAUUUUCAAGCCUUAUUUGGGAGGAUGGAGGCAUAAGGUUACCGGAGUAGAAUACUUGAACGCAACUUCCCAGACCGGGCCUCUGCGAAAACAGACGUCGAGGAAUACGUGUAGCAGAAUGGUUCAAUGUGUGAGAACGAAAGAUGGGACAACACAAACAUUAUGCCACCAUGCGACUCAAAUGUGGCGAGACGAUUGUUAUAUACCUAACCAGGCGGACGAGUACAUGACGGUGAAGUCAUAUGAGAGCUAUGCCGAAAUGCAACUGCAGCUCAAUUUAGACGGACACGCGCGUGUAAUUCAGAGGAAUUACCGGGCGUACAGGCUGAGGAAGUACAUCAAGGAGUGCGCGCGAAUCUAUCGCGAUAUGCUCGAGAAAUGUGAAAAACGCGAGGAAGAGAAAGCUGCUAUAAACAAAAUGCGACAUAAACAGAACAUCCUUCGGCAAGUAAAUCCACGAUCGAGGGAGGACUUUGACAUACUCUACAACAUGAUCGAGAGAUGGAGGUCCGACCGUUUCGAGGACAUAAAGUCGCGACUGUUCAAGGCUGCGCAGCGUGCCGAAAAUUACAGGAUCCUGGAGGAAACGGUGGAGAUGUUAAAUCACAUCGAUAAGCAUAAACAAGCGAUCAGGAGCUCGUACAGGAGGAGGAGAGUUCUCAGAUUCCUGACGCUCAACUGUAAACCGAUACGCUGGAUCGGUUACAGGGGUAUACCGGUGGAGAUGGUCACCGUGAAAAUUCAAAAGGCUCGGCAGUUCAAAGCGUUUUAUGAGGCAUUAAACGACCGCGAUGUUAGAUCGAACGAGCGAAUGCGGUUAUUGAUGAUGUUGAGAGGAACGGUCGAAGCGCAUGAUUGCGCGGAAGCUCUCGAACUGUUGUCUGUGUUAAACCAAGAGAUCGCUUUGCUGACUCGAGGAAUUAAGGAUUUGUCGUCACUCGGUUGUCUAAACGAGAGGAUAACGCAUAUCUACUUAAAUUUUACGAGCAUGCACGGUAUCUGCGGCUGCGAAGCUGUCGACGGGAAUUCUAAAGACCAUGAAUUGCGGGAGCCUUUAGAAACAAAAGCAAAAUUCUGCCGAAGUUGUUUAAAAGUACUUCCCGAUCGCAGAUUCUUACCACACAGUAGAACGAGGAAGCUAUCGGUCUGCAUCAGCUGCGACUCUUUGAGUCGACGCAACAUCGCACACGUGGAUUACGAUUCUUACAUAUACAUAUUGGAUUGCGUGCGGGCUGACGAGUUACGUCGGUGUAGCAACUCCGCCUUGGCAUUUAUGAUGCAAGGACACGAUAUUUAUCAUCUGGUUAAUCACAUCUGGCACGGUCAAUCAGCGGUCAGCAAGUCUACGGAUCUCUUUCUUCUAAGACUGAUCAGAUAUCAGACGUAUGAGGAAUGGGCGCCUUGGAACUGUAUCCUUUUGACGGAGGACGAAGCCGACAUGCACUCUCGCAUUAAGGAUCCCGCUAUGAUUUACUCGAAACACCUGAUCGAUCAGAUCGGCUUGGCGCAUCAGAUCGCGAAGAAUCACUUCCAACAAUUGAUCGACUUCGAGAAAGACUUCCGGGAAUCCGGUCGUUUCCACGCGAUUCAAAGCGGCAAGCGGCACAAACUACCCUUGAUCGUAGAGAAUUAUGAUGCGUGCUGA